CCGCCAUAUGUACGCCGCCGUCUCCGAGGACCGUCGUCUCCGAUCUGCACUGCCCGCCCGUCUCUUCCCCGGCUCCGAUCUGCACCGCCCCACGCGGCUCUGACCUGCACGGCGGAUCCUUCCCCGACUCAUACCUUUACCACCCCUGCUACCUCUACCUGAUCCCUGCAUCCAACAGCACUAGAAGUUCCAUAUGGUCCUUCAUUAAUCUCUAGGGUAGUCUGUGCUAGAGGGCAGUAAGGUACCACUACUAGGAUUUGGGGUACUCCGAGAUGAGGGGGAGAAAUGACGGGGGGCAGAGCAAACGGCCCAUCGUGCUCUUCUGGGCCAUGGUUGUUUGCCUCUGCUUCCUCUUCCUAUAUUUCUCGGGCUCCAACGGGCACACCAGGAGCGCGGCAAUAGAGUAUGGGACAAAGUUCUCGCGGUCGCUCGGGUGGGGCAGCGAUGCUGAUGGCGACGAUGGCCUAGAUGAAUCGAUUUUUGGGACUGGCGAUGCAAAUGACGUUAAGCCCAGGAGCUUCCCUGUAUGUGAUGAUCAGUAUUCUGAGCUGAUUCCCUGCUUGGAUAGAAAUAUGGCACUUCAGACAAGGUUGAAGCUGGAUUUAAACCUGAUGGAGCACUAUGAGCGGCAUUGCCCUCUUCCUGAGAGGCGCUUUAAUUGUCUGAUUCCACCUCCACAUGGCUAUAAGGUCCCCAUAAAAUGGCCAAAAAGUCGCGAUGUAGUGUGGAAAGCAAAUAUUCCUCAUACUCACCUUGCAAAGGAGAAGAAAGACCAGAACUGGAUGACUGUUGCAGGUGAAAAAAUUAAAUUUCCAGGUGGUGGAACACAUUUUCAUCAUGGAGCUGACAAAUAUAUAUCAAGCAUUGCAAAUAUGCUAAACUUCAAAGACAACAACAUAAACAAUGAGGGAAUGCUUCGUACAGUUCUUGAUGUGGGCUGCGGAGUGGCCAGUUUUGGGGGAUAUCUUCUUUCAUCUAAUGUCAUAGCGAUGUCCUUGGCACCUAAUGAUGUACAUGAGAACCAAAUCCAAUUUGCUCUUGAAAGGGGGAUCCCUGCAUAUCUUGGUGUAUUGGGAACAAAGAGGCUUCCGUACCCCAGUAGAUCGUUUGAAUUAGCCCACUGUUCUCGUUGCAGGAUCGACUGGCUCCAAAGAGAUGGAAUUCUUAUGCUUGAACUGGACAGAUUACUUAGGCCUGGAGGAUAUUUUGCUUAUUCAUCUCCUGAAGCAUACGCACAGGAUGAGGAGGAUCUUAGGAUCUGGAGAGAAAUGAGUUCCCUUGCAGAAAGGAUGUGCUGGAAAAUUGCAGAGAAAAAAAACCAGACUGUUAUUUGGGUCAAGCCUCUGAACAAUGAUUGCUACAGGAGCCGGCCACAUGGUACGAAUCCACCUCUAUGCAAAAGCGGUGACGAUCCAGAUUCAGUAUGGGGAGUGACAAUGGAAGCUUGCAUUACUACAUAUCCAGAACAAAUGCACAGGGAUGAAGGAAGUGGAUUGGCUCCUUGGCCUGCUCGGUUAACAACGCCACCUCCUCGUCUUGCAGAUUUGUAUGUUACAGCUGACACAUUUGAAAAGGAUACUGAAAUGUGGCAGCAAAGAGUAGAUAAUUACUGGAAGUUGUUCCGCCCGAAGGUAAAACAAGACAGUAUUAGAAACAUCAUGGACAUGAAAGCAAACUUUGGAUCAUUUGCUGCUGCUCUCAAGGAAAAGGAUGUGUGGGUGAUGAAUGUUGUGCCCCAUGAUGGACCAAGCACUCUUAAGAUAAUCUACGACAGAGGGCUUAUAGGCUCUACUCAUGACUGGUGUGAGGCCUUCUCUACUUAUCCUCGAACAUAUGAUCUUCUCCAUGCGUGGACAGUUUUCUCCGACCUCGACAAGAGAGGCUGCAGCGCCGAAGACCUGCUCCUUGAAAUGGACCGCAUCCUCAGGCCAACCGGUUUCAUCAUCGUGAGAGACAAGGCCCCCGUCAUUGUGUUCAUCAAGAAGUACCUCAACGCGCUACACUGGGAAGCAGUGACUGUCGUGGAUGGCGAGCCCAGUCCGGAAUCCGAGAACGAGAUGAUACUCGUAAUCCGGAAGAAACUGUGGCUGCCAGAAGGAGGCUCCACGUAAUCUUUCCUUUCAAGUUCUUUUGACCAAGAAGCAAGGCUUGGCUGCUCCCUCCAAAUACACGAUUCAAUAUUUGAAUAGAAUUUCUAGCCCUACUACCCACAUAAGAUACUGUAGAUGAUUAACCCAGGAUAUGACAAGUAUCCAGUAGGCUUACCUCAAGCCUCUCUUUUUUUGUCAUCAUCAGUUAAUGUUUUUUUCUCUAUCCCGGUUAGAAAAUAAAAGUUUGUUCAUCUAUGUUUAGCUUCAGUUUAGGUGCUUCCUUUUCAUUUAUUGGAGUGUUACUUAGCAAACUGAUAUUUUUUUACAGUAGUAAAGACAUUAUUUUUGGCCAAAUGAGGUUUAGCAAGGGAUGCUCGAUG